ACAGGACAACCUUUCAGAGGAGAGACAGAGGUGCUGGCUGUCUGAGGGAACCUGCCGUUCAAUUCAGAAGCUGAAAUGCAGAACACAGUGGGCCUGGCAAAGGGAGCCUGGCUCCAGCUGAGAAGGCGUGCUCUGAGCUGACCUCCCUGUCAGCCUGCCAGCCACGAUUAACCUUCCCUCAAGUGGAUCCUUGUUAGCCCAGCCUUUCCCCCUCUGUUGCUCAUCUUUCAAAACUGGAAGCCAAGUGUUGCAAACUAUUACUCAAUUUUGCAGCCAAAUUCCUUUGUCCCCCCCCCCACUUCCAUCUCUCCCUCCCUUCCAACACACACACACACACACACACACACAUACACACACACUCACACACACACUCACACACACACACAUACACACACACUCACACACACACUCACACACACACUCACACACACUCACACUCACACACACACAUACUCACACACACACUCACACACACUCACAUACUCACACACACACUCACACACUCACACUCACACACACACACUCACACACACACUCACACACUCACACACACACUUACACACUCACACACUUGUGGCAAGUAACAUUCGGAACGCAUCUUUCUAAAGUCUACAGAGAACAGAGGCUAAGAAUUUUUUACACUAAAAAACUGUACAUAUGUUUGUCUCCUUUAUUUCCCCUCAAAACCUUGGUUAAAUAGGGCAGGGGUGUCUAUUUGCUUUGAUCAAAAAGCCACAAAAGUGUAUUUCUCAGGAAAGCAGAAAACCACUCAUGAUCUCAAGUGGAAAAAAUAUAAGGAAUUUGCUGAAUUUUUAACCUUAGGACAUAACAGAGAUAUUAUUUUAAAGUUGGUUGGUUAAUGUGGGCUGUGUUGGGACUUUCAUUGUGCCGUGGUUGGGUCCGUUCGGUGUUAUUUUAAUGAGUUUAUUGGUUCCGCACACAAAACACAACCACAUGGUGCUUGAAACUUUUAGGUAAUAAAUUUUCUUAUGAGGCAUUUGCUUGAAGGAAUUCUGUUAUAUAAUCAAUUGAUCUUUAACUCCGUGGACACAAAAAUAACUGUCCUGUUUCUAUGCAGAGACGGUAAAGAAUACGUGAUUACAAAAGCCAAAUGGAAGUUCCUGUGGAACGAACUGUACUCUUUAGUCAUCCUUCGCGUACGGGCAUUGUGGAGACAUCUACUUCACAGGCUUUGAUUAACUUUUAGAAUGAACUUGCAGCCGUCUAGUAAAGUCUGAGACAAGAAACCUUCCUUUUCUCUCUUCAUGUUUCCUGUCAUGAGGGGGUCUCUGAGCCAACACUCCUGAGGUUGGCAACAGGCCUUCUCCAAUACAGUUGUUAGACCGUCAAGUGCCCCACAGAGUAAAAGAUGACAACAAAGGAGAAAUGGCUUAGCUAAGGAAGUAGGCUAUGAGAGCAGACAGACCUGGGAGACUGAGUGAGAACAGACAACUGUCCUUGGGCACUAUACCCCUUUAUCCAUCCCCAUCCCUUACUUAUGAAUGGUGACAGACAAGGACAAGGCUUACCUGUGACAUCUGUCCUCCACCAUCUGACCUUCAGGCUAUACAUGCACAGAGAAAAGUCCUUAGGAUUAAAAUAUCAACUCUAUGUGCACCAAAAAUUGGGCUCUAUGAGUCUACCUUGGGGAAAUUUCAGACAUUACUCUCCCUAGAGUGACAUCAUCUCUUCCGCCACCCCUGUGCGAGCAGCUGUUAUUCUCUGGGACUCUGUGCAACAGAACACAGGAUAAAGUUCACGUUCUUUCUUCAGUCUUCAAGCUCAGAUAGCAAAAGGAAAUCCCAGUUAAGCCCGGUUCUCCCAGGACGUAAGCGUAUCUCGUUUGGAGAACUCAAAAGUUUUAGCAAUCCGAUUAACUAACAAGCAAUCCUCCGUCCACUUACAGCUGCUGGCCUUCUAGCAAAACAUCCACUUCCCCAGGGUCUCACCACUGUGAGAAGUGCUAGGUGGAUUCGGUCUGGUCCCAAAUGACUCUCACACAGUCAUUUGAAGCCCUGUUUGCAUUCGUUAUAGAAAUAGCUCAGGACAAUAAUAUUGGGAAGGAACAGCUCACAUUGGUAGGUUUCUGUUAAUUUUUUUUUAAAGAAUGCAGAGCUCAAAGUAACAGCUAACUCUACUUACAAAAAUUUCCAUUAAAAAAGAAAAACUAAAAAGUGGGGUGGCAAGAUGGCUCAGCUAGUCAAGAUGCUUGCCACAAGGCCUGACCAUCUGAGUUUCAUCCCUAGGACCCAUAAAGUAGAAGGAGAGGACUGCCUCCACAGACAUACUGGACAGCCACCUCCCCCAAUCAAUCAAUCAAUCAGUCAAUCAAUCAAUGUUUUAGUUUUUAAUUUUAAUUUCUUAACUUCUAAUUUUUAAAUUUAAAAAAAAAUUAAAGUUCUAAAGACAGUGUUUGAUCCACACAUUGUUAAGACUGAAAGAGCUGUAGUACACCUGAGGUGGAAUCACGCAGGUAGAGCCAAUACAUGGUCAUUAGGAUGUUACCUUCUCCACCCAAGCAGGUUGGACUUAAAUCACUGUGAUGAGCUGUAGAGGAUUUUGAUGGGGCAAAAGCCACUUGGACCCCUGGAACUUAGAACAGGAAGGACACGGAAAGCCAGCGAUGUCAUUUCACAUCAACAAGAUCUGUGUUCAGAAGAAGCAAACAGCUGGCCAAGAUGGACCCAGAACCCAGGUUCCCUGAAAACCUCACACAGUGCCCCCUUUCUCGGCCGCUCGAAUUGUCAAAUGAAAUCUGAACCCUCGGUCCCCUGGGCCAGAUGCCGAGUGUCACGUUGCUGUCUCCUAGGAUAUGUGUUGUGUCUAAGCAUGUGCCUGAAUUUUAACAUCAUCUGACUUUCGUUGACUGUAGAAGCAACUAGAAUAUCCCAAUGCGAUGUUGAAAAAAAAUCUGGGGCACAUCGGCGCUUUGGGGAGCUUGUCGAAGAUGGCGGCGCUGUGUGUGUGCCGGUUUGCAAGAAAGGGCUGGCUGUGGAAGCCUCCCUUGGCUACACGUAGAGAAUUUUGGUCUAGAUCCAGGAAGGAUCUGGUGGUGACUGAGACGGUGAAAGAAGUGAAAAAAGCACCUGUUUUGGUGUGUCCGCCCUUACGAAGCCGAGCAUAUACACCACCCAGUGAUCUCCAGAGUCGCUUGGAAUCUCAUAUUAAAGAAGUUCUUGGUUCAUCUCUUCCUAAUAAUUGGCAAGAUAUCUCCCUGGAUGAUGGACGAGUGAAGUUCAGACUCCUAGCAAAUUUAGCUGAUGACUUAGGCCGUGCAGUACCUAACUCCAGGCUUCACCACAUGUGCAGGGUCGGAGAUGUUCUUGAUUUCUAUAAUGUUCCUGUUCAAGACAGAUCUAAAUUUGAUGAACUCACUGCUAGUAAUUUACCUCCCAGUUCGAAAAUCAGUUGGAGUUACUGAGCAGUCCAGUCAGAACACAGUGAGACCAUUCUCAUUCUUCUCAUUGGGUGACUGACAGCGAACUUUGUGAGAUGUUACCUAUUAGAACUUGUUUCAGAACUUCCUUUUUGUAUAUUUUUUUUUCUCCUUGUAGAAGAACACAUCUUUUUUUUUUCUCUCUCUCUCUCUCAUGGAGAAUCAACAAAGAAAACAUUAAAAUCAAGCCUUGAUAAUUUAUGAAAACAUUCUUAUUCCAUGGUAUAUAGUCAGGGUUGUUGAGAGGAACAGAAGUGGUAGCAUGAAAGCCUAUUUAAAUGGGAUUUAUUAUGUUAGCUUACAUUAGGAUCUGGGUAGACCAUCAAUGACUGUCUCACACCAGAGAGGCCGAGGAUCUCGGGCACAUCCUUGAACCCUUCAUGAGGCGGACUGUCUCGGUAGUAGCAAGCCGUUGCUGAAGGCCUCGGGGAGUCUUUGACGAGCUUACUGGUCUUCAGUCCAUGCUGGCUCCCUGAAGAAGCUGUUCUGAUACAAACGAAGAGGUGCAGCAAUGGCAGGAACGAGAUACAUGUAUUUGCCAGGACAGAGAAGGCAAGCAGGCAGAAAGCCAGACCUUCCUUCUGCAUGGGUUCUGCCCACGUUACUGCGCACUUCCUUCUUGAGAGAUAAAUCCCCCAGUGGAAUGGCCAGCUGCUUGUCUUUUAGUUGACUCCAGAUCAGUCAAGUUGACAACCAAGAUUAACCAUCACACAAAAAUACUAAGUAACUUGGGUUUCAGAUAAGAGGCCAUUGCAAGUUCAAAUGUUUUCUUUGCCCUUCAUAUGGCUAAAGUAGUUUCAAUAUAAUCUUAAAAAAAAUCUCUACAGCAAAAUAAAAGAAACAAAAUCACUCAGAUUUAGUCUAAAGAACGCACAUGUUCAAACUUCCCGUUCUCAGUAGUUAAGUAUGUUUGUUGUGAUUUACAGUACGCUUGUGACCUUAACUUGACCGCAUGUUUCUUUCCCCCUGGCCACCGGCCUUGUCAGUGUCUUCGUCAGGCCUUCUAGGUUUUUGCCCCAGAGCCCACUGACAUUACUCAAGUUCAUCAGCGCCGAGCCUCGCUACCGCACCUUCUCAAUGGGAACCACAAAGGAAGGCUCCCGUGGCCCAUCCCUCUUUGUUUCUCUCUGCCUUUUGGUGCUUGCUUGGCUGGGUGACUCACUGUGGUACUCACUCUUCUUGAAAACUGUGAGCUGCUGUAUGUGGGCUCUGGUCUCUUGGCCUCCCCAUACCCACAUAUUAGAAACUACGUUUGAAAAGCAUCCCCUUUGCUUCUGCAUGUCGGUGCCUGGGCCACCUCAAAGAGAACAUGAUUUGGGCACACCAACUUUCUCUUGGAAGAUCAGGCCCUAUUCCCCUAAACCAUUGGCUCUCAACCUUCCUCAUGGGACAUACCUUAAUAUGGUUCCUUGUGUUGUGGUGAACCAACCAUAAAUUUAUUUUGGCUUGCUACUUGACUGUAAUUUUGCUAGUUACAAUUUAUAACGUAAAUCUCUGUGUUUUUCUGAUGGUCUUAAGUGACCCCUGUAAAAGAAAAAGGGUCAUUUGACCUCCGGGGAUCGAGACCCACAGGUUGAGAACCACUACCACGAACUCUGUACUAGACUUUGUCCAUAUUUAAGGUAGGCGGUGCCUUUUCUUCCUUUGCCACAAAAUAAACGUAAAACAAAGAGUCUGCAGACCUUAUGCAGAGCUGGCAAACAGGUUCUUCGGCAGGUUACUUUGUGUCUCAGUCUUUCUUCUGAAACCUGGACAUAACAAUAUCUUCCUUAUGGAGUUGUUGUGAAGACUGGCCCCCCCAAAAAAAUUCACACAAAGUACUUGUAGCGCCUCACACCAACACCAAAGCAGCCGUUAGAUCUGUGGGCUGCAACCCCCACAGACAUUCUGUGUGGGUUUAUAUUACACAUCAGAAAAGUAACAAAGUUGCAGUUCUGGAAUAGCAGCGAGCUAACUAUGGCUAGGAGUCGCCACAACAUGAGGCACUAUAUUAAAGGUUCCCAGCACUAGGAAGGCUGACAACCGCCACUUGAGGUACCUCAUGCUAAUGCUUGGUUGUUGCUGACACUACAGUGAUCGCGCGCUACACUGUCUCUUCUUUUCAUUCCCUGAAAUACUUAAUUCAUUUGACCUGAAACUUUUUUAUACAAAUGCAAUUUUCAUUAAUUAUAAUCUCAAAAACGGGGAGACAGUGGAAUCCCUGGUAGAAAAAGAGGGGUAAGGAAAAGAAGCGAGAACGGGCGACUUCAAAUGAAGUGGCUAUCGUCGGCAUCUGUUGGAGAAGAAAAUAUCCUUUCAUCUCUUAUCCUCUGUAUCAAACAAAUAAAAGGCUCUGUGUUUUGAAUGACGUUUUCUAUUUGCACAUAGGUGUACAGGUGUUGCAAAAGGUCUCCAGGAUAGUUGACAGCUCUGUGAGUGUUUUUACCUCAGAGAGGGAGCUGAGGGCCGGGUAUUGCAGAUUCACACCCAGGUGUGUUAAGGAAUGCAUGCUUUCAUGUUCGUGAAUGCAUGUUGCAGAAUCCUGGACCCUCCACAACAGAGGCAAUUCUGUCCAUCCAAGCCAGCAAAACAUCCAGCACAUGCAAACUGAAGGCAGGAAGUCUUCUAUCUUCCUACAUGUAAAAGGAGAGCUUAGCCCCCAAGUGGUGGAUAUACAGAGAGAUAUAGAGACAUAGAGAUGUAGGGAUAUAGAAAUAUGUAGAUAUGUACAUAUAUAUACAUAUAUACACACAUAUAUACUUAUAUGCACAUAUACACACACAUAUACAUAUAGAUAUAUAGAUAUACAUGAAGGCUCAUUUUUAUAAUUUCAAAGGCAAAUCAAAAGGACUUUCAGCCAUGCCUCUGUUACUUGUUAGCCAGAAGCAUUGACUAGAAAAGGGGAUUCUGUCUGCCUAGCUUCCGAAAAGAGCUUAAAGAAGAUAACAGAAUCCAAACAAUUCCAAGGGACCAGCUGGAAGAAGAGCCACCACACUAAAGAAAGUCCCCCAGGAGGAGGGGUAAGAAGAAAGUCACAGCCAGAGGAAAUAUUGACAAACUUAAACAGGGAAAGGAAUUCUGAGGUGCGCUAAUGUUCAAGGGGAGAAGAGUAACACGGGAGAAGGGGCUGCUGGGCUAGGACCCAAGCAACCCCUCUGCUGUGGAACUGCUUCACUUGUGGAGCACUGGGUAGCUCUCGGGAUAGCUAGAAUAUCUAUCUAUCUAUCUAUCUAUCUAUCUAUCUAUCUAUCUAUCUAUCUACCUAUCUCUCUUUCUCUCUCUCUUUACACAUGGGACAACAAAACAGAAAUGAGAGUAUAGGAAAAAAAUAAAUGAAUUUGCUCUGAGUAUAGGAUACUAAAGCACUUAGCAUGAUCCAAGGAGUAGGAAAAUAGCAUCUGAUACAUGGAAACACCAGACAAAUGAGGAGAGCAGUGUAUUAAAUGCCCUGGUCUGAAAGGCUCACUGUGUGUGCUAAGAGGAACUAAUAUGACAGUCUCAAAGCUCACACCACACAAUAAACCAAUAAAUCAGAAUCUUGGGGUGGAGGGUGAGGAAGGAAGGAUUACCAAAAUGUCCUCCAGCUCCAUCAGCUUGUCAGCCAAGUUUGAAAACUACUGGUCUAGACUGGGUGCCGUAGGCCACACCUGUAAUCUUAGGUCUUGGGGAGGGGGAUAAAGUAAAAGAAUCCCAAGUUCAAGUCCAGCUUGGUGCUGUAAUGAGAACUGCCUCAAAAAGAAAGAAAGACAGAAAGAAAGGAAGGAAGGAAGGAAGGAAGGAAGGAAGGAAGGAAGAAAAUUACAGAUAGAAAAGCAAAAAUCAAAACUCUGCACAUGUCACCCAAGUUAUCCUAUGAGCUUGUUUCAGACUAAAGAGGUGGUGGGUACCCAUUUAGAAAGCAAAGUUCAAUGGAUCGUUUGCCAUUGUUUUGUUUGUUUGUUUGGUGGUUGUUGUUUUGAGACAGGGUUUCUCUGUGUAGUCUCUGUGUAGUCUCUGUGUAGUCUGGCUGUCCUGGAACCACUCCGUAAACCAGCACAGAGAUCUACCUGCCUCUGCCUCUACAGGGCUAGGAUUAAAGACGUGCCACCCAACUUAGUCAGUCAGUGUAUCUUUUAAAGAGCAUUUCCUUUGGGAAUCUCAAUAUACAAGAACAAAUUAAAGACAAUGUUUAUUUUCUAGAAACCAGAGGGAAGGAGCGUUUAAAAAGGAAGAACCACUACAGAUUUAGCUGGCCCACCAAUCAACCACAGACUCUCUAGCAGAUGGACUUCCUCCGUCUCAGGUUUUGCGCAUGUGCAGUAAGAGAGCACUGCUCCGGACGAUCCUCCUUUGAGGAGUUUGUCAGCCUGACGUCUGAGGGGAUGGCAGCAGCAGGUGUAGUCAGAUUACAGAAAACAGGACCUUUCUGCACAGGCACGCCCCUCCUGUUUCUUCAGCUAAGCCAGCAGCAGGGUCUCCUCUCUGGCCAUGAGCUGUACUUAAAAGGACUUUAUUUGUUUUACAGUUUAGAGGCACACCCCCCAAGGUAGCCUCAGGAGCCCUUCAUUUCAUUAACGUUAAAUCAACAAGCUGGCCUUCUUUCUCCUCUCUAGCAGGAUUAAUGGAUUUGGGCCUGAUUUGUGCAUCGAGAUGCUAAACCUCUUGCUGAGAAAGCUAGCAGGCUUGACUAAUUCCCAGAAGUGCUAACUUCAUAAACUCACUUUAAGCUUAAGAUUAAAGAUAAUGACUUCGCAGUGCUGUAUGUGGCAGAAUGAUAUUCACUAUGCAUCAAAAAGUCAUAUAAAAAGACAAAGUACUUGAUAGAAUAACAUCGUGGGCAAUAUAUGAAUUUUACGCUUGGGAAAGGACUCAGUUCUGUUAAAAGCACGUUAAAAGGGGACCCUCCUAAACACGGCAGGGGAAUUAGAUUAUAGAGUUAUAUCUGUAAAAGAAUGCUGACAGUUAUAUUUUAAGCAGAAAAAAAAUUUACGAUUAGAUUACCAUAAAUAUGCUAAUAGAUGAUGCAGUGGUGUGAAGCUAGAACGUGGUGAAUUUCUGAAUGUAAUUUUUUUUUCUUCUCAGAAGCAAAUCUACUAUUCAGAUACUGUCUAUAAAGAAUCCCCCUACAUCACUUCAUACUUUUUAAAUUCCAAGCAGUCUUAAAUUCAGAGAACUCUGAAUAUAAAGGAGGAAACAAGGGAGAGGGGAAAAAAAUAGAUAUUUCCAGACCAUCUGAGAAGACUACAUGAAAAGCUUUUGAUCAAAGGGUCUUAAGUACACUUUACUGGUGUGACAAACAACAUUUUUAUCCCUUUAUUAGAUUUAUUUUUCUUCUGAAAACUGCAGUGGCCAGGGCAUGGUUUGUGAAAGAAAGCUGGCAGCGUUGUGUGCUUUGAUUCCUAAUUAACACCUUCAGUCUCAAAAGAGAACCAACAGAAAUACCAUAAAAUGUUACAGCUGCAUUGUGAUUCCGCUUGGUUGGUUUGUUAAAAGUCGACUGGGCAUUGGCAGCUGCAAUAAAGAGAAAACUCAAUGGGUGUUUUGUAUUGUGCCCACUGAAGUGGAAGAAGGCAACCAUUUUAUUUUUCAAAUGGGCAGCUGCAGAAGGGAGGGUUUAAAUGGAGCUAAGUAUAAGAUUUACUGUUAAUUUAUAGUAAAUAAAUAAUGAAAACUCAACUAGCUCUCCAGUCUUUACAGCCACAUCGCAGGAAGGCCGUGGAAGGAAAACCUAAGGACAAGAAUUUUUGAAAUGUCUUAGCAACUAAUUUGGGGGAGUCCAUCAAUAAGGAAUAGCAUUCGCUUAGAAUAUCAAAAUAUGCUUCUUGAAAGAGUCGUGCAAGCCGAAGCUUUAAAAACUGGCCAUUCCACUUCUAAACAGUAAAGAUAUAUCUUUCCUGUCAUUGGUAACACAACUCCCUCGUCCCACUUUGCUGAAUCCCUAAAAUUCGUUCAGAUGGGAACCGAAUAAGAUUCCGUACACCCCCCUACCUCACUUAUUUUAGAGAGCAUGGAGUUGAAUUUUGCCUUGGGUAGGGGAAUAAAGGAAGCAUUUAACUCUCGUCAGAUAAAUCUCACUCACAUUCAAAAAUGCAAUUAAGGAAAUAUGUAAAUCUAGAUGUUUCAUCAAACACUAGCUGAGGGGUUACUAGUUCUUUUCCAGCACAAUGACUGAACUAAAGGACUUCAGUGUCUAUGUAAGAACCAUUGUCCAAGCGACAGACCCUGUUGGAAGCAGAGUCUGGCCUGGCCGUGGGAAAUACCUACAUAUUUGACACAAGCCCUAUUUCUGAGAGAAAUGGGAUGGGAGAGAAACUAUGGAGAUUUUACUGUUACUUUAUAAUUAGUCACGAUCUGCCUAAUUUGCUUUGAUCAAAAAAGAUAAACUAAUUUUUCUAUGGGCUGGAUAAAAAUAGUUAGGAAGGUACGGCUUUCGUGUUAUUUCGAAGGGACUAACGGGGAUCAGAAAUUGUCAUUGUGGGGUCUACGUAUAUCUUUACGGCCCAUCUGGGAGCAUUGAUCAUUCAAAACAGGACACUGACACAGAAUAGGAUCGCCAUCUCAAAACAGCCUCAAGGGCUGCAGAGCAAUCAGACACCCAGGAAUCAGCCAGGAGUCUCUAGGCAGGGGCACAAGUAGCAAAGGGGGUUUAUAACCAGGCCCGUGUCAAGUAGUCCUGUUCUCUCCUGGGGACACCUUACCUUUGUAUGAAGAGAUACAAUUGGUUCCUUAAACUGUAUUGGUUGUUCCUACACAUCAGUCUGUUCUUCAAGAAAGUCGCUGGAAUGGUUGGCUCCGUUCAUUUGAACCCUAAGCUGCUGCUUCCCUAAACACACAGAUGUAGCCAGCCGUUGUGAGCGUACUAACCUAGGGUCUGAGAGGGUUGAGCUCUCAGAUGCUUUCACCAGCUGCCUGGCCAUGUCUGUGCCAGCGUGCAACCUCAGCCACCCUGCUUCCUCCUCCCCCACGUCUCUGAACCCCAAACACAAGGAGUUAUUAGAUAAGAAAACCAGAUUGCCGAGUAUGGGAUUCUAUUCUAUUUCUUUCAGAGAAAUCUACUAUUUAGUGUUCUUUGUCUUGUUGAUAUGACCUUCAUGUUACUUCCUUAACCAAACUGUUGUACUAGAUAUGAUAUCUGUGACCCUGCUGUAAAUUUAAUUGCUUUUUUUUUUUUUUGGGCUGCUAAUCUCCUUAGAUACCAAAGAGUGCAUUUCAGGUUGGGGUGCGAUAUCUCUAAUAAACUGAGUGGGUCUUUUUAAAAGGUUGGAAUUCACUAGGUUUUGAUCCCGUGUUUUGUUUCUCAAUUAGUUAAUUAAUUAACAUUAAUUAAAAUCUGCAGAAAGCAUUACUUCAGAAUAAUCACAAAAGAAGCUAUAAGGUGCAGGUUCAAGACCACUAUCCUGCUUGUAUUUUGUAAAUCAUUUCAAUUUAGUUAACACUGACUUGUGUGUUCCUUCUUUUUAAAAAGAAAUCUGUAACCGGCAAGUAUUUUAACUCCUUAAACGUUAUUUUAAAAGUUCUUGGCGCUAGCCAUGCUUGAGAAUGCAAAGAAGACAUUUUACUUUCUUGCCAGCAUCCCUAGAUCUGAAGGAAGAUGAUGGCAACUGGUUACAGACAAAAGAUCACCACAAGGCUUUGAAGAAGAGGCCUUGGAUGUUGUUGACCUUCCCUUCCUUCACCCACAAAAAUGAUAAUCUAUCACUGUCCACUGGGUGUGGGAUGAUAAGAACAGAACAGUGCACAAUACGAACCCAACUUGUAGGCAAAACCAACAUUGAGCGACAUCCUUAAAACUUUAAAGAGGGUUCUGGUGGUGAACCGGAGCUCCAUAAAAGAGAACUUGGCCAGGUUCCGGUGGUCAGAGGAUGGUUCCCUUAGAAAGGGAUGUUUAAUCCAGAGCCUUGAGGGCAAACUGGAGGGGAAGAUGAAAGAUGGGAAAAUAGUCUGAGCUAAGGUUUCCUACUGGAGUCCUCCCAGCUCAGUUCUCAUCCAUGCAUACCGUAACUGCAGUAAUCAUGUGGAGGUAAGGACCAGCAAGUGCCCUGUACUAGGGAGGUCUUAAACAUAGCGAACGCCCAGGGACAGGAUCCUCCCCUAAGACCUGACCUAUGAUCACCACAAGCCCUGUUGUACAAAUUAAAUGAAUGUUCUAACGAAGGGCUCUGCAGCUCUGUUCCAAUCUCACCGAUGUGCCUUCUGCCUUACUGUAUUGUAGCUUUACUAAGCACAACUCAUUUUCUCUCAGUACUUCUGAAACAUAACUAUGAAUUCAUUUCUUCGUACCAAUAGUCUGGAAGGAAGGGAAAUCAAGUUGUCUGAGUCUAUAUACAUUUUUUUUCUACCUUAAAUAGAAACACAAAACCCAGGAAGGUGGAAGCUGUGAGUAGUGGCAAGAUUUUAACUGUUCCUCCUGGAAUUCAAAGUAACUUUCCAGUUUUUGUUUGGGAAGAGGAAACCUAAGAACACACAGUUACUUCUUGGUUCAAUUAUUCAGCUAAGCUGUUUUUUAAUCAUCAACUGUCAGAUAGGUUCUAGAGUAGGAACAAAAGCAACCAAGCAUAUAGAAAAGGCCUCCCGUCUUUAGAGUUUGGUUGUUAACUGAGUAAGAGAGACAGAAAGACAAAAGUAGACAAUGGUGCUUCAGAAUGUGAAGUCUUGCACCAUUUGGUCAGUCUUGAAUCAAGAAUUGCCCUUGCAGGGUCAUGUUUGAGAUGCGUCAACUGUCAGUGCUAGUUUUAGAGUUACAGCUUUAAGAAGUGGGGGCUGGUUGGGGAAAUAGGUCACUAGGACUUUCUCAAUCCCGGUCCCAACCUGACCUGGAUACGAUGAACUAGGCUGUCUCUUGUAUGUAUGCCUUUGCUGACAUGAUGGACUACAACCCUGUGAGACUGUGAGCUGAAAUAUAUCUCCCUUGCUAUGUUGGGAAUUUCAGCACAGCGAGGCAAAAGCAAUACUAAAAAUCAGUACCAGAAAAGAGGGAUCGCUACUGUGAUUAAAUGUAACUAUGUGCCUCUUAGGUCUUUAAAAUUGGUUUAUAAAAGAGGAAUGCAGUGGGGUUGGGAGACGCAGGCUAGACAAGUCCUAGGAUGUUGUAAGAAGGAGCUUACCAAUUAGGACUUUAGAAGACCAGAAUGCUGGUAGGAAUGCACACAGUGAUGACAAGAGUCAUCAGGUUUCAGACGGGAACAUAACUAUUAGGGAUGGAAAGAGACGCCCCUGUUGCACUCUGGCAAAGAAUUUGUCUCCAUUCUAUCCAUGUCCUGGAAAUGUGACAGAGGGAUUUUUCAAGACAGCGUGAUACUCAGCCUGCAGAAGAGCUGUGACGUGUUAGCCAUCUCUAUGGUGAGAAUCUGGAGCCAAGAGGAGGGGUGGGAGGCAAGAUGCGAAAAGUACUAUGUGUGAGUCUCCCGCCAUAGACAGAGCAAGAACAGACAACCGUUACAACCAUUAGUACCAUUGAAGUGAAGCCAUCACGCCUGACACUGGAACAAUAGCAAAGGUGUUUUGGGGACAGAAUCCCACCUGUUGAAUUGAGAUCAACAAGGUAGUGCAAAAAGUAGAAAACCAUUUGAAAGACUUCUUUUCAAAGAGAACACUGAAGGAGGCUCCUCUGUCAAAAGUCCACUUACAAAAGUGAUUUCCCUGACUCGGACACUCAGAAGCCACCACAGCGGUGGUCCAAAAGGGCCUGGUUACUUCUCAAGAUGGUAGAGGAGCCAGCAUCAUCCAAGUGGUGCUUGUUUUAAAGGUAUGCAGACUGAAAGGAUCGCAGGGUUAUGGAGUCUUAUGCCAAGUUUUCGGAGAAACGCCUAGGACCCCAGGAAGUGUGUCAGAGGGUCGGAUUCCCUGGUACUCGUAAGAGAGAGCCGGCUGUGCAACUUUGAGGGGGGUUGCUUCUAAACUUGAAGUUGAAAUGUUUAAUAGAAAAUAAUGAGCAUUAGUUGAUUGCUGUCAGCGACAAAACUACUGCUAUAGACAACUUAAAACGAGGGAGGAUAAACUUGACCCACGCUUUGAGAAGUUUCCAUUCAAGUUAGCUGGCACCAUUGAGAGGCAGGACCUGAUGGUGGAAGGGUAUGUUGGGAAAGAGUGUCUCGUCUAAUGGCAGUCAUGAGGAAGAGAGAGGAGGGCCAGGAGCAAGGUAUGUCUUUCUAAUACAUGCCCCAGUGACCUUCUUAGUCCAGUUAGACUCCAUCUCCUAAUUUCCACCACCUCCCAGCAGCACCAUCAGGCUAAGGAUUCAUCAAGGGAUUAAUCGGUUGGUUCUGGUUGAAUCCUGUCAGUGUCUAGAAGCUACUUACCUGUCAAUCAAGUCUAACACAUGAGCCUGUUUUAUAUUUAAAUCCCAACACCCUGCUACAUAGGGACAGCACACUGUCUUCCAGAAGACUGGAUCCACAUAAGUAAAAGCAUAUAAAGGACGUUUCUCUCCCGGGGGGGGGGGGGGGUGCGGUAUUUUUCAGAUUUCCCGAAUGAUGCAAAAAUGGUUUAAAAUGAAGCAUGCCAACACACACACCCCCACAUCAUAUACACACAAACACAAACACACACAUAAACACACACACACACACACACACACACACACACACACUUCCUGAGAAGAAAAAUGGUACAAAUUUAGAGGUUAAUUUGGCUAAUGUAUUAAUGGCCCAGUACCAGUCACAACUUCUGCCUGCUAAAGAGAGUUUUCAGAGCCUUAUCCCAUGUGUUCUUCAAAUCAUGGGGCCCUGCACGGAUCUCCGAGAUUCUAAGGCUCUACACUUCUAUGUUCAGUAGCCAGUAGUUAAUUAUAUGCUUAAACGGUACCAUUUGCCCUUUCUGAUAUGUCAUCUGCAAAUGAGAAAAUGUAUCCAGCGCCCAUUUUAGUGCAAACAUUGACCUGGAUUAACGAAUAAGGAAACUUUACUUGUGCAUGAAUGCCUGACCACACUGAAUGUGCAGAUGUUGUAUGCCCCUAAACCAGGGGAAGCAGGGAAAGAAGAAUGAAACGGAGUUUAUUUCACGAGUGGCUUCCUUUCUCAGACUCGUCCACUUUCAAUUCUUUUCAUCUUAUUUCACGGUAACUUCAUUUCAAGCCAUCUUUAUACACCUCCCAUUUCCCAUGUGAAGCAGAGUUGAUUUCCUGAGCAGGAUGCUGGAGUCUGUAGGCUGCCUUUUCUAGACCAGUGGUUCUCAGCCUUCCUAAUGCUGUGACCCUCUAAUACAGCUCCUCACGUUGUGGUGACCCCCAAUCAUAAAGUUAUUUCAUCACUACUUCACAAUUGUAAUUUUGUUAUUAUUAUGAAUUAUAAUGUAAGUCUCUGAUAUGCAGGAUAUCUGGUAUGUGACCCCCAAAGGGGUCAUGACCCACAGAUUAAGAACCACUGGUCUAGACUUCUGGGCUUCCAAUGACCUCUGACCCUACCUCUUCUCUCGUGUCUCAGAAGUGACAUACCCUGUCUCUUUUCAAAUCUUAUCUUAAAGUUGUCAUUCUAAUCCCCUUCCAUUCCGGGGACCCAUAGCUUAUUCCUUGUACAAACUAUUACUGAGCAUAUGCUGCACAAGUUGCUAUGGGAGGACGCAAACAGAGAAAUUAUCUACCCACCCUUUUGUAAAAGUUUGCAAUGAAAAAGGUUGGUGGUGUCCCAACAGUAUUAAACUGGGUAGCCUCCCUUGCUGCUGUCAGGGGUGAUGUCUCUGUAUCCCUUUAGUCCCUUUCUGUCCCCUAUCUGCCAUGAUGUCUUGGUGCCAAGCAUAGCACCUGACAUGCUGACAAGUCACAUAAGCAUCUAUAAAGAGAGAGGACCAGCAGAGACCUCCAAUCAAGAGGCGAAUGCUUUGUACUCUGCUCUGCAAUUUCCUCAGACCGUUUCCCCCUUUUUCUUCUUCUCUGCCACUGUUCUUGAAAGGGAGACUAGACUCAAUGCCACUGUUUCAUGACCACCACCACCCUCACUCUUUCAUCCCCUUUGAGACCCUGAGACCAGCCUGCCGUUCCCAUCAGCCAUUCAACUGAAAUCGCCUUCCUUAAAGGCUACCAGUGGUUUCCCGUCACCAAAUCCAGACGGCCAGUUUUCGGCAGUCCAUCUUCCAAGCCGGCUGUGAAACACCAGGCUGCUCUCCAUCCAUCCAUCCCUUCCUCCCCGUCCCGAGCAGAGUGGGGCAAAGGUUCUGGCUCCAGAUAGUAUGCAUUUUGGAAGGUGUCAUGUCUGGGUAUGGCCACAGUUCAAAGUUCAAUUUCCUUAUCUGUAAAAAUGGGGUUAAUAAAAUAUGUCACUUGUGUCUGGCACACGACUGCUCUGCCUUCCGAUUCCUCUCUUUGACCCCUCUCUUUUCACACAUGCUUGCUCUGCUGCCAAACUAGAGCUAACGAGGUCACAUCGCUUACGUGGGGAUCAGACACAACAGAGCCCUGCUUGCUUUCUUUCUUGUUUAAAAAAAAAUUAUUAAUUUUUAUCUAUAUGAGUACACUAUGACUAUCUUCAGACGCACCAGAAGAGGGCAUCAGAUCCCAUUACAGAUGGUUGUGAGCCACCAUAUGGUUGCUGGGAAUUGAACUCAGGACCUCUGGAAGAGCAGCCAGUGCUCUUAACCACUGAGCCACCCCUUCAAGUCCCCGAGUCAGCUCAGGACAUGCACAACUGCAACUGUGCAGAUGCUUGGGAACCUGAGAGUCUGACAGCCCCUGUGUACCAUGGUCCCUAACUAGCUGUCAUUUAAUAACUGUUUAUCCACCGUCUUAGUGUCUCUUCCUUAGAAGAAUGAAGUGCUGGCUUCAUGUACAGCUAAGGUGCUCACCUCUAAAUGGUAUGAUUGUUCCCUUUCCGACCCUGUGGUGCCACGUUUUUCCAUCCAAGUUCCCAUCCAUUGUUCAUACAGAUUGGACUGAACCCUUCUUGUAUUUAACUGUCCGUAUGACCCCCUCUUGUCCUCUAGCUGAAAUGGCUCCGUUCCCACCUCCAUGUAGGGAACUGUGCCAGGCGUCCCCCAAGUGCCAUCUCCUCAUCCACAGCUGGGGUACUCGCAUGCCCACCACUGAUGUUGGAUAUUGUCUCUUAGACCCCUAAAGUUUUCUCCUCACUCUUCCCUGCCCCACCGGUUUAACCCUUACUCAUUACCCAGUUGUGCUUUCCUCUGGCUUAGUCUUAGCCAUGCUCUACCUUAUUAAAGACAAGCCAUACCUAAAUGUGGUUCGAUUUGUCAACCCCAGAAUCUUCACCCAGGGCUUCACAGCACUUCACCCAAACAUCCCAAGUAAUAUUAGAUGUCCCAUCUGCCAGCCAGUCUGCAGGGCAAAUUCCUGCCAAAGCACCUGAGCCUGUACGGGGCUUGCACUCUAAACUGAUUGCAUCCCUAGCUAGAUGGAUUUUAUAUGUUAACCUUAAAUGAACAAAAAAUUUAAAAGAAAUCAACUCUUAGUAUGUUGCAGCACACUCAGUCACUUGACAGACGAAGGAACUUUCCAUAAUCAUUUGCAUAUAUUUGCAUAUUUCCCUCCAGUGCACUGGUUCAUAAUGGCAGCAAAAGAUCCAGGACCACUGAGGUGUGUUUAUCACCAUGUUCCUGGGUACCACCCAUAGUGACUUUGAUUUGGAAAAAAGACUUAGCACAUGUUCUUGGGCGACAUCACAGGUGCCGAGGGUUGCUGACUGCAUACUCUUAUUCUUGGUGUUGUUAUUGUCUUUUGUUGUUUAACAACACAUAAAUUGUUGGGGUUUUUUUAAUUAAUUAGCUCUUUGAUGAUUAAACAGACAUGUUUAAUGCAUUUCUUUACUCUUCCUCUCCUCUCUUGUCUCCUCUCACAUUUCCUAUCAACCAACCACAUCCCUGUUCCUUUCUCAGACUCAUGACUUUGGCUUAAUCUAACCAGGGCCAUCUGUGUGAUCAGGAUUGUCCACUGGAGCCUGGCAGACUCACUAGAGUGGGCAUACGAUUGAAGCCGAUGGCUCCUCGAUGGACAAAAACUAGUCUAGCAGUGAGACAGUGUCCCCCGAGCCCUCCAUCUUUGUGCUUGGCUUUGAAUUGUGCAGGACGCAAACAGAUAUCUAAGGAAGUAACCCAGAGUAGAUUCUGAUGGUCCAUGUUCUCACCUAGGCUCACCUAGGCUUCGGUGUCAGAAACAUUUGGGUCGGAGGGUGCCAGACUGACACAGAGAAGGAUUGAAAGAGAGGAAAAAAUCACACUGAGUUAAGAAAAUCAGGAUUGUUUCAUACACACUUCAAUUAUGAGUCUAGAGUAGACAGAAAGGGAAACGUUCCAAGUCCAUAUAAUUAAAGUGACUUUUAACAGGCUAGAGGCCAAGGAGGACAUUUGUGUUGUUUGAACGAGUACAUCCAUAAUUGCUUCAUUUAAGCAAGAUUAUUUGAUAUUAAGAUGCCGGGAAUUUUAUUUUUUAUUUUCACAAAGACGGGGAUCUUCCUUGGCUUCCUUCCUCUACUUAAAAAAAUGCUGUAUCCCAGAAUUUUUCUUUAGUUCACAAGAUAUAUCCUCAGAACACUACUACAGGGGUUCACCCCCAUCUCCCAUUCAGCCAUAUAAACCUCGUCUCUUCUUGCAUCUAUAUUUUCUUUGUCCAUGAGGUCGGGCCUUGUGAUUUAACACCUGGAAAAGCACGCUUUUUAAUUCCUCUAUUAGAGACUUCCCUUGGAACACCCUCUUCAGGUAACACAAACUGAUUAGCUGGAAGUGGGAAAACAGUCUCUAGUAAUCCACAGUGGAGAGGUUAUCAAAUGGCCACUUCCUGACACCUUGGGAGAAUCUAAAUAAAAAUAACUCAGCAGCCGAGCCGGCAGCAGUGAGGAUGUUUUGCUGGCCUUGAGUCUUAAGAAGCAGGAGUCGCACCUGUCCCAUCCGCCUUGGCAUUGCGCAAUGUCUAGCACGCGGUUAGAACUCGAUUGAAUGAGAUAGUUUUUUAACCAGCACUGCACCUGGGAAGGUUGGCAGGCUGCCACCAACCAGAAGGCUGUUGUUCUUCCGUGAUUUCUGUGCCUUUAUGUAGAAGUAGAAAGUCAUGAAUUACAGCAUCCAGACAGACUGCUAUGAGGAUUAGCCAUUGAAUAGAACAGUUUUUUUUUCCUGUUUGUGUUUUUUUUAAUGAGGAUAAAAUAUACCAGCCUAAUCCUACUUUAUGAUCUCAGCAAGAGAAUGGAAGGAGCCCAGAGGACUAAGCAACUAUGUUACUUCUGUAUCAUCGACCCUGAAAGGGCUUAACAUUCCUUCAUUUCAUUUUAGCAAAGAGUUUCUUUCAUUAGAGGGGGUUCAGAAACAUUUCACUAAACUCCCGAUCAGUUCUGACUGCUCGUAAAUAUUGGCUGGGCGCAGAACUGAGGAUGUUUUGUGGAGUAAAGUCACCCCAUGUUGACACUUUUAAAUCCGAUAGGAACGAGGCGGAGAAAUGGAUGGUAAAUGUGGCGGAUGAAACUUAAAAACUACAAACUUGUUUGGAGAUUAAGGAGGGAAUAGAAAAAGACAUCCUGCAUCUAAGAGUCUUCCUGAGCACUCUAUUUUGCAGUUGGGAUCUCUGCAAAACAAGAGCAUAGCUUCUACACCUGAUUUAUCCUCUCCCCCCCCCCCGUCUGUCUUGGGAUUUAACGAGUUGUAUGUAAGAGAGAAAUCUGGCACGCUCUAAUGAAUUGAAGAAUUGAGAUGCUUCCCUUGGUUUCCAAGGUCUGGCUGUCAUUCUUGGCUCUUCCAAAUUUAAAGAAACUAGAGUUAGGAACAUAACUUUGGCUCUUUUGAGAGCUCCAUAUUUAGCAAAACUGGUACCAUUUUGUCCUUGGAAGUAAAAUGAUCACAGCUGGCUUUCAAGUUGAUCUUGAGUGAUAAUGAGGGUUACCGAGUUAUUUAUUUGAGGUGGGGUCUGAAUACUUGGAAGAUGAUGAAGGCCAAAAAAGAAAAUAAUGUGUAUCUAUCUUUGAAAAAUGAAAAUAGCUACCAGUUACGAUGUGCCAGUUUUCACAUAUGUUAAUUUAUUUAUUUCUAACAUCAAAACAGUGAGGUUUGCUUCUAGUCCAUAAAUAACGAAAUCAGAGAGUUGAGGAAUUUUCCAGGAUUUCAAAUGUAAUGAACAGUGAGGAAGUAACUGAACAGAGAACUGUCUAACCCUAAAGCUGAUGCGUCCUCUAAGGGUCCACAAAGACUUUCCAAAUGUCAACUUGGCCUUAAUAUUAGCUGUGGUGACCGUUUUAACUGUCUUUUGGAAAAUUUGAAGUUAUGUUAAAUGUGGUAAGGGCAAUUGUACAGUUGAGAAAGUCUUGUUCAAUAUUAUACUGGUGAGUCCUUUUUACGAUAACUUUUCCAUGAAGAACUGGGGAAAUAAUAAAUGUCAUAGGACUCAGUCCUAAAGAUUUGGACUUGCUUGUUAUUGUUUGCCCAUUUGUGUGCGUGUGUGUGUGUUUACAAAUGUGUAUUCAUGUCAGAGCAGGAGCAUGCACACCCAGAAGCAGCUAGCUGACAACAUUGGGUAUCAUUCCUCAGGCACCAUACACCUUAUAUUUAAAGACAGGGAUCCCUCAAGGGUCUGAAACUCACCAAGUAAGCUAGCUGACCAAUGGGCCCCAGGAUUCUCUUUUGUACACCUUGCCAGCACAGCAAUGACAAAUACAAGCUAACUCAUUCGGCUUUUUACAUGGGUUCUGGUGGUAAAACCCAGGUCCCCCAAGCUUACAAAGCAAGCACUUCACCAACUGAACCAUCCUUGCAGCUCUUUGAUCUAACUUUUAAUACCUGCUUUAUAGACGGUUGGUUGGCAUGUCACCCAUAUCUCUGAUCAUCACAACCUUUCUGUGGAAGUCAAAGUGACCCGGUCAUUCUGUCCAGUGCUGUUUAUUAACUGCGUGCAAUUUAUGGAUAAUUAGUGACCUCCAAAAAUAUCUUAAAAUUAUAUUUUUAUAUGAUUAAGAUUGGUAUGUCAUGACAGUUUAGCAGGUCACGUGGCAAUGCCAUGAGCAGUCAUUUUAGUUGCCAAAAUCCUAAACAUUGUACCCAGAAACUACUUUUUCUUUCAUGGGAAUUCAGUAUCUCAUCCUCUGGUCCCUAAAUGGCCAUCCUUUACAUUUCUGAGGUACUAAAGCUUUGUGUCAUUAAUGCAAAAUCUGCAUCCAAGAUUUCUCAGAGCUUUAUUGGAAUUCUUAUUAAUUCUCGCAGGAUUUCGGUAAAGUUGAGACAGAUGCUUUUAAACAUAGAACAAAGGACAUUAGGUAAUAUUGAUAUCUGAUCAACAAAACCACGGGGGAGGGUAGUUUUAAACUGAUCGUUAAAUGUUUCUAAUGCUUUUGUCCUCAUCUAUUUUAAUUUUUUUCUGUUUUGGGUGACAGAAACUGCUGUAAACAUAAAGAAAAAACUAGUAAACAAGACAAGACACAGACAGUUGCAUGUCCUGGAGCAAAAGGGCUGCAACACUUAGAUAACUAAAUAAGACCUAGGCGUGACAUGCUAACAAUUGCCCAGUUGAGUUGUCCACCUAAGGCUUCAGUCUGAACUGACUAUAUCUGGUAGAGAAGAGAACAACUGUGAAAUGUGGAGGAACAGGACCUUGAGCAACUGACUAAAGAACGUCUCCACUCUAGGCUUUGUAGCAAAAAAAAAAAAAAAAAAAAAAAAAAAAAAAAAAAAGGUUGGCACACAGUUACAGAGUUGAAAUAACAACCUGUGAACCAUACGAGGAAAAAUGGCUCAAGGUCUCUCAGUCUUGAAUAAGCCUUCUAAUGAAGGCAUUUAUCUAAACUCUGAAGCAGUUUUCAGUAGUCCUACCCAAAGCCUAAUGGGAAAAGUCGAAACUCUGAGUUGGCCUAUUUACAGAGACAGUUUCCAAGAUUGACUGAUGGUUGACAAAUGCCAUUUAAGCAUUCAGGGUCAGCUUUAUGCUUUUGAAAGGGUCUUAAGAGAAAAAUCCUCCCCACUGUAGAAGAUGCCCAUAAAGUAUUCCUGAGAUGGGCUUGAGGCACAAGGGCUGUGCCUGUGGUGAAUUCUAUCUUUUAUUUAUUUAUUUAUUGAUUGAUUGAUUGAUUGCUAUUUCUUUGCAGAGUUCCACAAAUGCAAGGCUCAAAAAAGGAGGGCAGCGAGCCUUCCUGUAAUAUACCUCUGUGUGUAAUAUACCUUCUAUGUAAUAUACCAUAUGACCCGGUGUGAUUUGUCAGUUAGGGUUCCAUAAACUCUUUCCAGACAAUUGUACACAAACAGGAUAGGUUUGUUCAGUUUCUUGCUGUUAAUAUGGAAUUGUAAUAGCACACACACACCCUCCCCCACAUCCAAACCAAUAUGUAACAUUGUCCAAGUAAGGUGUUUGGAUUUUUUUUUCAGCUUUCAUAUUUUCGUCUGGCGUUAAUUUUUAUUUAGAUUAGAAUGUAGAUUAUUUUAGAUUUAUAUAAUACCAUUGCCUAUAUAUGUGUUACUAAUCAUAUUUUUGUUUGGAAAGAAGUUUUGUUGGUUUCUUUGUUGUUUCUGUUGUUGUGGUGCUACAAAUUGAACUGAGCCUCAAGCCCAGAGCAGCUACAUUCUCGCCCGUUGAGCUGCAUCCCAACCCUGUGAAUCAGAUUUUACUCAACAGAGGCAGUAUUUUCUUCCCAGUUUCAUUCUUCUGUGCAUUGAGUCACUGGGGUUUGUGGAUGUGUGUUUGGGGGUGGUGGGAAUGCUCAAUCUAAAAAGUAUCAAAUUCCUGCAAAUUAUAUCAAACUGUAUCUUCCUAGAGCAAAAGUCUAAAUGCAGUUUUAAUUUAAUGUAUCCAGUUGUAAUUCCUGUUGAAAUUACUCCCACUUCAUCCUGUGUCCUCUCCAAGCAUUUGCCAGUGAAAUCUGGAGCUGAUUUCAUGAGCAAGACGCCUGUGCCUCCUCCCAUGAUCCCAAAGAGGUGUGAGGUGAGCCAUAGUUGUGUUGGACAGGCCUGUCACUGCCACAGACCCCAUAGAAAUUAUGGGGUUCUAGAGCCCUGGCCUUGAUUGCCCAUUUCCCUGAGCUACUGACAGUGAUCUGACAGGAGGCGACACUGGCACAAAGAAGCCAAGAGGAGGCAGGAGACAGGAGAGAGGCUGGAGCUGAGAAACUAAGAGAAGCCAGUGAAGUGAAAGCUAAAAGGUUAAACACAUGAAGGCUUCCCAGCCCACAGUCUGUCAGCCACUCCUCCCACAAACCCUGGAAGCAAUGCCCCCCUCAGCUGCUGUGGAAACAACUAAAGACCCAGUGCCACACAAGAAGGCAGGGUUUUUGCAAGGCACCACAAGCCCAGGCACAUCAGCCAGUUCCUGCUCCUCCUUUCUUACCUGGAUGAUUGGCAGCCACUCCCUGUGGGUGGCCUGUCCUCUGGUUCAACCUCCAGGCUGCCACCACCAAGGCUGAAGUUAAAACCUUCAUGGACUCUGCUCUACGCACAAUGCUAGAGUAUCCACAGAGAUCUUAGUACUGGGUCGUAAACUAUGAGACAUCACUGUGCCGUUCCAAUUCCCUUUCAGCUCUUCUGGCUUCAUCAAAGAGAAAGUUUCCAUGAGAUAAGCUUGACCUUCAACACCUCUCUCAGACCCACCAGCAUCUCUUAUUACCAGCUCCAGGCUUGGCUUGGUCUCUAACUAGAAACUUGAGAAAAGCUUACUUAGGUUGCUUGGUGUCCACUGUAGCUAUUCAGUUCCCCUCUGCUUAUGACAGAUAAUAUUGGCUUGUCGUCUGCAGGUAAUAAUAGACGUUUCCCAUUUCAUUUAAUCGCUCUGGGUGCUCUGAAUUACCAUCUAUCUGUAUAUCACAGCGUGCUGCUCAGAUCUUGUUGUGCAAGAGACAACUCAAGAGAUGAAAGGUUCAUUCAGGAUCGCAGAUUCGGGGACCUCAGCACUGGGUUCUGUCGCUUCUGGGAGGUGGAGUACCAUGGAGAAGAGAACUCGAUAGAGUAGACCCGAGGUAGAAACCAGGCUGAGAGGGGGGUGGAGAACAAGGUCUUUCUUUCCAUAGCAUCCUUCAAUGGUGUACUUCCUCCAAGUAGGCCUCACAACCUAAUUAUUUACCACAUCCCAGUGAUGUCAUCGUAUUAUAAGUACAUCAGGAAAUGAAUCCAUUAAUGAAGGCAGAGAGCUUACCAGCUGGACAGUAGGCCUUCACCACAAGAGCCUUUGGGGUCAUUUUAUUUCUUAACAAUAGUAUACGUACUGUCUCUUACACAUGUGUAAGUAUGUACUCUUACGUAUGUAAUGUGUAUGUGUGCUUACCCACCUUGUAUUGAACCCAGAGCCUUGGGCCUGCUAAGCAAGCAUCACUGAACUUCAUCCCCUUGCUAAGACAUGGUUUUGCCAUGCAGCCCAGGCUACCCUUCUACUACCUGUAUCCACCUCCCAAGUGCUAUGAUUACAGGUGUGUGUCACAAAUACAGUUUUAACACAAAGUAAUCCAACUCUAUUCUUUUAUAGCGAAAUAAGGAGUUGGUGGGCACUAAGCAAUGAGCAAAGGCCCACGCUUCUCACACCAUUUAUAGAUCCUGAUAUAAUCUUACCCCCACCCCAGUCUGUCUGCAGAUCAACUUAGCUCCAUGUGCUGGGUCCUCCCCUACCCCCCAAUGGAUGGAGCCGAUGUUCUCCCCGCUGCCAUGCUGCCUUUCAUGCAAUUGUCCACCUAAGUCCUUCUUCUUCAUCCCCUAAGGUCCUGCGCAAGAACAGAGAAUCUCGACAAAGCCAGUCUGCCCCAUAAGUGUACCAGUCCUACCCAGGCUACCCUUAGCUGAAAGAGGGUCCUCACCGUGGAGUUUACACAGCAUCUUGGCUACAUCUUAAUUCAGUCCUUACCUCUUCUGUGGCUUCUGAAUUACAUUUCUCCUGCUAUCCUAUAAAUUCUACAAGGGCAAGAAAUGUGUUCAGAUCCCUGACACACUUGCCUGGCCUGUAGUAUUCAGUAAAUGGUAGGUUAAAGUUUUUUAAGUUUCUUGUUUUUUGUUUUUUUAAAUAGGGAAGGCAAAUAGUCAGAGAUGUCAAAGCACCAAAAUUUAGCAUUAGUAUAACACAUGAUUUAAAAAUAAUACGAUUUCCCUUAAAUACUAAAAAGUGAGUUCAAGGGUCCACAAGUUGAUGAAUGGGUAACUGUGUAACGUGACCAUGCAGUAGGAUGCUAUUCUGCAACCAAAAGGAACUAAACUGAGCCAACCUAAACGAACAUUCUGUGUGGUUCUACCUACACAGGGUGUAGAGAACAGACCAAUGUAUGGAUCGGAGCUAGAGUGGGGGUGGGGUGGGGAAAUAUUGGCUAAUGGUACAAUGAGCACAAGGUUUUACUUUGGGGUGAAGAUUUUAUAAUGAUAGAUUUUUAUGCUGAUCAAACAACUCUAUGUACCUGUGGAAAAACAAUGACUUUUAUACUUUAAAUAGAUGUACUAGUCAUGUCUGAACAUGGCUUCUCAGCAAAGCCUUUUCUAUUAAAGACCGAAGUCUCUAAGCAGUAUUGCUUGGAUUUGAAUUCUCUGUAACUUACCAGUCAUGUGGUCAUGUGUAGGAUAAUUAAUUUCAUUGUGACUCAGUUUACCUCUUGUAGAAAAGAGGUGAGGCUAGUCCCGACAUAAAGGAAUAUUAUGAAAGCUGAGUAUGGCCAGCUGGUGAAGUGGUAGCACUCGAGAAAUAUUAGCUGUCACUAAUUGUAAAAGAUUAUUACAAGUGUGCCCUGUACUGCGAGGAUGUGCCUCUCUAGCACAUUUGUCAUAUUGUGUCAGAGUUCUUCCAAAUAAUGGUGGCAUGCUAAACAUUCUGGCAUACACAUGCAGUCUCACUACUCAGGAGGCUAAGGCGGGAGGAUUGUGUCUAAAACCAGCCUGAUCUACCAAGCAAGACCCCGUCUCGAGAAAGGGAAUGAAUGAAAACGGUAAUUUCCCUUGUAGCACAUAUAAUAUUCUUAACUAUAAACUAUCCUGGGCAUACUGUAUAUACCACAUAAUAAAAUGCAUAUGUGCAUACACAUCUAGCAUGAUGCCAUGGAUCCUCAGUACCAACUCAUGAACACAUUAUAUUAACUCUAUCUCAACAUGAUUAUCCGGAAGAACUAGGGUUAGCACCACUUUACAGAAAAUAAGUCAUUCGGGUUUCUGUGUUUACUGCAUGUCAGGACUGAGACCAUAUGAUUCCCCAGGUCAGUUUUCUCUUCUGAACACACACACGAACAAGCACACACACACACACACACACACACACACACACACACACACACACACACACUUAGCAAAUACAGUGACUCAACCCCAGAGAACUACCUGAGGCUAUGACAGGCUCUACAAUGCUUCCCUUAUUAAAACACAUUUCCCAUAUCCACGGGCACUCCUGUCUUGUCAGAGAGCUUACAAUAAGAAAUAUUCUUUUGAAAUGGAAAAUAGGCAGGGCCUUUGCCAGGAGAACGCUAUUAAACAAACACAACUGAGAAAGAAUAAUCCCGGGAGGUCUGUACCACGAGGUGUGAUCCUUGUCUCUCAACAGUAGCAUUAUAACAUUGUUCAAAAACUACAGGCUGAAGGAGAGCAUACGGCAUCUGACUUCAAUCAUUUCAGUCGGUGGGCAAAAAAAAAAAAAAAAAUGCUGUGCCUGUGGCACAUGUACACCACAGCGCGAGCUGAUGAUGUGAAGCACAUUGUAUGAUCAAAAAGGACAGAGCGAAAGUAAUCCUUAGUGAGCAGCUGAGUUCACCUGGAGCAUCUGGGUGUAAACUCCACAGCUUCCAAUAGUCUCUCAUGGGACUUUGUGAACUCCUAUGUGAACUCUAGAUCAAUGUACAUCCAGUAUAUCCUACAUAAUUCAUAGAUGGUUACUAUCAUAGUUUAGUGUUUAAUUCCCGCUAAAGCUCCCCUCUCAGAGAGAUGAUAAUCUAGUUUGAGGGAUGGGAUAUUUUUAAACAGUAUCAUGGUUUUUUUAUUGUCUCUUGUUUUGCCAGUAUUUAUCACGAGUCUGACCCAUGUGAAGUUGUCAAUAACUGUUGGUUAAGUGAACAAGUAAAUGAGUGAGUGAGAUCAUUUUGAAGUCACAUAUCAUGUUUAUACACUUUCCAACACUGUAAAGACUUUCAUCAUUAAUAUUCUGAGUGGGAGAGUGAAUAGACUUUCAAUGAGUUAGCACAGCAAUCUGAAUUUUCAGAAAGAGUCUGGAAAAUGAAUAGUCUUUUCCAUUAAUUCCUACUCUCCUUUCUGAUUAAUUCAUGUUGUUAAGAUUUAGUUAAGAAAAAAAAUGGCCAGGGUUGAUGAGACAGCUCAGUAGGUAAAGGCACCUACCAACAGCCUGCCUGCCUGAGUUCGAUCCCCGGACAUCCCUGGGUCAAAGAGAAGGAUCUCAUGCAAGUUGUCCUUUGACCUUCACAUUGGUGUGUGUGUGUGUGUGUGUGUGUGUGUGUGUGUGUGUGUGUGUGUGUAUACACAUAUGUGCAGACUCACACACACAUCAUUUAGAGUAAUACCUAAAAUCAUAGUUAAUUACAAAAUUCAAUUAUGAUGUUUGACAGAGUAAAUAAUAUUAUUAUUAUCUAUGAAAUAAAUGAAUUACAAAGCAGUUGUCUAUAUAUCACUAGAUACUGAGGUAAUACAUUCUAUUCUCAGGUAUGCAGCCAUUAAAAAGGGAGAGUCAGUUUGUUGACAUGCAGAACAGUGGCAAGACCUCACUUAUUCAACGGCGGCUUCAUAAAACAACUCAGACAGGAGAUGAAACUCAGAGUGCCAAAUGAUACCAUCCAAAUCCCACAUGCUGAAGUCUCGUCAAACAGGAGCUCUAGGCUCACUUUCUUAUUUGAUCUCCUUUGUCCAUCGUCCUAAUAAAUUCAAUUAUUUGGCUUCUGUAUCUCUACGUAUAUGGAUAUAGAUACAUGUUGAAUUGACACCACGAUAAAGAUCAACUAUAAAAAAAAAAGUCUUUCAUUUGUCACUGGUAUCUGUAAGACUUGUUGAGUAACAACCCAACCAAGAGCAACAGAGGAAGAUUUUCAAACAACCACCAAAACAGCACAUGAGACUACCUUAGUAUAUGAAGCAAAGAAUCCUGCAGUCAUCAUUAGUCAUUCUGAAUGGUCCAGAGCAGGUAAAGAUGUCUGUAUGAUGGCGGCCGAGAAUGAGAAAGAGAAUUUCAAAUGCUCUUUUUCAAAGACAUUAAAAAAUACAAAAAAAAUUAAAAGUAUAUUGCUGAAAUUUUAACACUGAAAAUAUCUAGACAUUUUGAAAGGUCCGCAUCUAUUCAGGUGGGAAAUCUAUACCUACAGGUGGACAUCUGCCUUAAGCCCACUGAAUGAAUUACAGAAUUGUUUGCCUUGGCAUUUAAGGUUUAUUAAUGGACAGCCAGUUCAUUUUGGAAAAUCUUUUAAAAUACUAUCAUUAAUUUAAAACAGUACAAAGAUACAUGUCGAUAGACUCUAGAGCAUGCCUUGCCUGUGUGCAACUUUACAGGACAAAAUAAGGAAAACUUAAUCACUGUAAGUUAUAGAGGUUUUUUUUUUUCCUCCCAGAGGACACUAAGAAACAUAAACAACAUAACAUUAUCUGCAGCAGCAGUUCUCAACCUUUCUAACACUGUGACCCUUUUAUACAAGUGGUCAUGUUGUAGUGACCCCCAACCGUAAAAUUAUUUUUAUUGAUACUUCAUAAUUGUAAUUUUGCUACUGAUAUGAAUCAUAAUGUAAAUAUAUGAUAUGUAGAAUGGCCUCUGUGAAGGUUGGUUAGACAACUUCCCAAGGGGUUGUAACCCACAGUUUAAGAACCAUUGGUCUACCAGAACUGGGCUAAUAAAAAGUGCAUUGUGCAAUGCUUUUUGUUAGGAAAAAAAGGAAACAUUUAUCUCAGCACAAAGUUGCUUUUAAUCUUGAACAUUGCCUAGAGGAGACUGAAUUACCCUUGGCGUGUUCAGAGGCAGAAGACCCUGUUGGUAUCUCAAAGCAAAGACGGACAGUCUUAGGAGAGAGCACUGGGGCUUCUCUUCAAACUUGUCCUCAUCAAUGUUCUGAUCUUUGACUACCAGACCUCACAAGAACAGCUCAAGAAGUUUCUCACAGCUGGCCUGAGGAUACUCAUUCAAGUCUCCUAAGAAUGCAUCUAGAAAGAUUGUUCAACCACGAAAAUAAGAGAUGGGUGAGGAACUGUUUUCUUUGAAGUCUGUCGGUGUGUCUGAUCCAAAGCUAAUGUACAAUGUGUACAAAAAUGACCCAAAAUUCCAAAAUGUUCACUAUCAAGAAAGAGAACCACCUAAAAUAUAUGCACAAUCUCCAAAAUCAAAACAUCACUCCUUUUAUUGAAAGAGAGAGAGAGAAGAAAAGCUACUAAAGUGCAUACUCAGUCCAAAGAUGAUGUCAUUUCCCUACUUAAUGUCCCAGAGGGGCUCUAAGACUCUCCAGGAGAGCCUGGGCAUUGCACCAUGACUAGGAAGGCCAGCUUGGGGCUAGCUCUGACCCUUGAAGUUUUGGGGGCCUAACAAUGGGUCAUGUUGCAACAAAAGCGCUUCCACUCACUGACGCCAACUGAUCUGCAGUGUCUGGAAAGCAGCCCUCCUCUCCCAUGCUUCAGUGCCCUUCGGCAUGCUGUUCUCCUGACAGAAGUGCCUUGCCCAUUUUAGCCCUCCCUUCAUCCUAGCCAACACAUCUCAAGACUCAGUCAGCUCAAGUGCUGGUGCCUCUCAGAACACUUAACGUCAGGGAAGUGAUGAUAAAUUGUUUGAUGCAUGUGGAAAGAAAGUUGUUAUCAAGUUUUGAUGGAAGAAGUGAUUAAUUCCCAACCAGCCAAGACCUGUGAGAGGUUUUAUGAGAUGCUUCACGGGGUGACGGGCAAUGUGGGACUGAGAAAAUGAUGCCUUCGUGCUGUGAGCUCCUUUCUUCCUUGGACAUUUUACUUCCUGAAGUGUUCAGACCCCGAUGGCUGUGAAGAUUCUUUCUGAUAAGAUAGAAAACUUGCCAUUGAAUUACAGAACGAUAACCGGGGACUCUGUAAUUAGGAAGGCUAUACUCUUUACACUUUUUUUAUUUUAUUGUUAUUACGUAUGUCUGUGCAUGAUGUAGUGGGUACAUAGGCCAUGGCAUUCACACACAGGUCAGAAGACGGCUUUAAGGAAUUGGUCCUCUGUACCUUUGCAUGGGUGCUGGAGAUCAAAUUCGGUUAGGACAGUGUAUACUAUGAGCCCAGCCAGAUCAGUCAGGAAAUGGGGACAAAAUGGUCAACCAAAGUCUUUCUAAAAUCCCACCUUCUUUUACCAUUCCCCUUGUGAUGCUAUAAAAUGCCAUGUCAUCUAAGAAGGUGCUCCCCAACUAAUGGCAAUGUGUUGACAGUUUUAUGGAUAUGAAUUAAAGACAUGUUCUUCAGUCCCAUA